AUGGCCGAGGCAAUUAAAGAAACCGUCUCCAACCUCAUCGGCAGGUUCUCGGGCUCCGCCGAGGAAGCUCCCCGCGAGCCCUCGGCCGAGGAGUUCCAGCAGCUUCAGAAAAAAUAUGACGAUGCCGGCCAGGGCCACGUCUUCGCCUUCGUCAAUGAGAUCCCUACCGCCGAGAAAACCCAGUUAUUCCACCAGCUCGCCAAAUUCGACUCCACUCGCAUCAACGAGCUGGCAGAGACCGCCCUCAACCCGCCCAAGACCGAACAAGCCGCCGCCGCGACCCUCGAGCCUUUGCCCGACUCGGCGACCGCUUCCAUUCUCGACUCCGACCCCGCCGAUAUCAAGCGAUGGUACGAUGCCGGCCUCAAGCAGGUCGCAGAGAAUAAGGUGGCGGUUGUCUUGAUGGCCGGUGGCCAGGGUACCCGUCUGGGUAGCUCUGCCCCCAAGGGCUGCUUUGAUAUCGGUCUGUUGAGCCAGAAGUCUCUCUUCCAGCUCCAGGCUGAGCGUAUCCUUAAGCUCCAAGAGCUGGCUCUUAAGGCUCACGGUGGCCAGUCCGCUACCAUUCCCUGGUACGUCAUGACCAGUGGACCUACCCGCAAGCCGACGGAGGAAUACUUCGCGGAGAAGAAUUAUUUCGGUCUGGAUAAGAGCAAUGUCUUCGUUUUCGAGCAGGGUGUGCUCCCCUGUAUCUCAAACGACGGCAAGAUUAUGCUGGAGAGCAAGGGCAAGGUGGCCGUCGCUCCUGAUGGAAACGGAGGUAUCUACCAGGCCCUCAUCACCUGCGGUGCUCGUGAGGACAUGCGCCGCCGCGGUAUCCAGCACAUCCACCUGUACGGUGUUGACAACUGCCUGGUGAAGGUGGCCGACCCCGUGUUCAUUGGAUUCUCAGCCGAGAAAGACGUCGACAUUGCCACCAAGGUGGUCCGCAAGCGCAAUGCCACCGAGUCCGUCGGCCUGAUCGUCCAGAAGAACGGCAAGCCCGAUGUCGUCGAGUACUCCGAGAUCGACAAGGAAACCGCCGAGGCCAAGGACCCCAAGCAGCCCGACGUGCUGAAGUUCCGCGCCGCCAACAUCGUCAACCACUACUACUCCUUCCGCUUCUUCGAGUCCAUUGAAAACUUCGCCCACAAGCUGCCCCACCACGUCGCUCGCAAGAAGAUUGGCUGUGUCAACCCCGAGAACGGAGAGGCUGUCAAGCCCGAGAAGCCCAACGGUAUCAAGCUCGAGCAGUUCGUGUUUGAUGUCUUCCCCAUAACCCCUCUGGAUAAGUUUGCCAGCAUUGAAGUCCGUCGCGAGGAGGAGUUCUCCCCGCUAAAGAACGCCCGCGGCACGGGCGAGGACGACCCCGACACCAGCCGCGACGACAUUAUGAAGCUGGGCCAGCGGUGGAUCGAGGCUGCCGGCGGCAUUGUCAUUACCGAGGCCGAUGCAUUUGGCGUGGAGGUGUCUCCUUUCAUCAGCUACGGAGGAGAGAACCUCGAAUUCCUCAAGGGACGGGAAAUCAAGGCUCCCGCGAUCUUGGAGAGGGAGGAGUAA